GUGAGGUUAGAGAGAGGAUUCACGCGCGUUCACUCGCUCAACAAUGUCAACCGUGCGCUGCAGAUCUUGCAGAAGAACAAUGUUGAAUUGGUGAAUAUCGGAGCGGCAGACAUCGUUGAUGGCAAUCACAAACUGAUACUCGGGCUCAUCUGGAGCAUCAUUCUCCACUGGCAGGUAAAGGAUGUGAUGAAGGAUGUGAUGGCGGGCCUACAGCAGACCAACAGUGAGAAGAUUCUGCUGAGCUGGGUUCGUCAGAACACUCGCCAGUAUCCUCAGGUCAACGUGGUUAACUUCUCCAGUAGCUGGAAUGAUGGAUUGGCCUUCAAUGCCCUCCUCCACAGCCACAGGCCUGAGCUUUUUGAUUGGAGCUCAGUGGAGAAGAAGACGUCUGCGAUCGACAGACUGGAACAUGCCUUUAAUAAGGCAGAGCAACACCUGGGGAUAGAGAGACUGCUGGACCCUGAGGAUGUAGCCGUGCCUCACCCGGACAAGAAGAGUGUCAUCAUGUACGUGACGUCACUCUUCCAGGUGCUCCCCCAGAGCAUUUCCAUGGAGGCCAUCAAGGAGGUGGAGACUUUGCCGCGGGCGGGCGCAGCAAACAUCGGCAGGGUGACGACAGAGGAGCACUACCAGAUCCAGACCCAGCAGCGUUUCUCCCAACAGAUCACAGUGAGUGUGGCUCAGGGCCGAGUGCGGAGCCCCUCCCCUCAGCCUCGCUAUAAAAGCUAUGCCUACACCCAGGCUGCAUAUGUCAAGUCGCCCGAGCAAAAGAGGAGGCGUUUUACUGAUCAGAGCAGAGAUAAAAAGAGAGAACUGCAGCGGGGCCUCAGCCCUCUGCCACCAGGCUCCACCAGCCUGGAGAGCUACCAGGCUGCACUGGAAGAGGUUUUGACGUGGUUGCUGUCGGCUGAGGAUGGACUCCAGGGCCAACCUUCAAUCUCGAACAACGUGGAGGAAGUGAAGGAGCAGUUUCACACACAUGAGGGGUACAUGGUGGAGCUGACCACUCACCAGAGCAGCGUGGGGCGGGUCCUCCGGGCUGGAGCUGCCCUGCUAGGGGAGGGGAACCUGAGCGAGGACGAGGACUCAGAGGUCAGGGAGCAGAUGAACCUCCUGAACUCGCGAUGGGAGCACCUUAGAGUUGCGAGCAUGGAGAGACAGAGCAGACUCCAUGAGGUCUUGAUGGACCUGCAACACCAGCAGUUGCAGCAACUCACAAACUGGUUAGACGCGACUGAGGCGAGGAUUAAGAGGAUGGGGGCUCAGCCACUGGGUCCCGACCUGGAGGACGUCAAGCACCAAGUGGAAGAGCACAAGCUCCUGCAGGAGGACCUGGAGCUGGAGCAGGUGAGGGUGAACUCUCUGACCCACAUGGUGGUGGUGGUGGACGAGAACAGUGGAGACAGCGCCACCGCUGCUUUGGAGAGCAAACUUCAGGUGCUUGGUGACCGCUGGGCAGCCAUUUGUAGAUGGACAGAAGAACGCUGGAUUCUGCUUCAAGAAAUUUUACUGAAAUGGCAGCACUUCACAAAUGAACAGUGUUUAUUCGACUCCUGGCUGACUCAGAAGGAGGAGCUGGUUCGUUCCAUAAAAACCUCCAACCUGAAGGACCAGGCAGAGAUGGUGGCCUGCCUCCGCCAUCUUGCUACGGUGAAGGCAGACCUGGAGUUGAAGCGCCCCACCAUGGACAAGCUGUGCUCCAUGACAGACCUGCUGUCCAGCGUCAAGAACAAAGAGGUGGCCAGCAAACUGGAGGCCAGACUGGACAGCUUCGCUCAGCGCUGGGACCGCCUCAUCCAGAAUCUGGAGAUGGGCAGCUCCCAGCUCUCGUCGUCUGUCAGCCUGGCCCAGCAGUCCGAGCUCACCCACUCCGUCACAACGUCCGUUACCAAGGUUACGACGAGGGAGAAGGUGUCAGCCCUGCGCCAGACCCGAGAGUCACCGCCACCACAGAAGAAGAGACAAGUCGUGGUGGAUUCUGAACUCAGGAAAAGGUUUGAUGUGGACUUCACAGAGGUCCACAGCUACAUGACUCGUGGCGAGGCCAUCCUCCAGAGCCCUGAGUUCUCCGUGUCAAGAAAGGACGGCAGCAUUCAGGAGCUGCAUGACAAAGUGCAGGCGAUAGAGCGAGAGCGACCGGAGAAGUACCGGAAGCUUCAGGAGGCGACACGCACGGCGCAGACCCUGGUCGAGCAGGAGGGGAGCCGUGCUGAUGACAUUGCCCAGGCAGCCGAGCAGCUGAACCAGCGCUGGGUGGGAUUCUGUGCCCUGUUGGCAGACAGGCUGGCAUGGCUGGCUUUCCAGGCAAAGGUGUUGGCUUUCUACAGCUUGUACGAGCAGUGUGAGCAGGCUGUGGACAACAGUGAGAACUGGCUCAAAGUCCAGGCGCCUCCAGCGUCUGAACCAGAACCGCUCAAAGUACAGCUGGACCGCUGUCGGGAGGAAGUGGCUCGCCUGGCUGCCCUGCAGCCUCAGGUGGAGCUCCUGGAGAAGCAGCUUGAGGAGCUGAAGCAGGAGAAGGAAGGAGAGGAGGACCAAUCAGCCUUCCUAGACGCUGACAUCGUCGCCUUCAAAGAGCACUACCACCAAGUCCUGGAGGAUCUGAGGGCGAGAGAGAGACAGCUGCAUCUGGUUUUGGAGAGCUUGCCCCCGGCUCGUUAUAAAGAAACCAUAUCAGCCCUGUUGGCAUGGUUACAACAGUGCGAGGCCAAGCUGGCCAUCCCAUCCACGGCUGUUACAGAGUAUCCUAUUAUGGAACAGAGACUGAAGGACGUUCAGGCUCUCCAGGUGGCUCUGACCGAACAUCAGAGUGAAGUGGACUACCUGACAUCAACUGUAGAGCAGGUCUUCCUGAAAGCUCCACCAGACAUUUGCCAGAAGUAUCGUGCAGAGAUGGACUCCAUCAUGGCGCGUUGGAGACGACUUGGCACCACCCUGACAGAAAACACCCAGAGAAUCCAGGAGCUCAUGGCCAAACUGUUGCAGUUUGAGAAUGAUGUGAAGACUUUGAAGAAGUGGAUGGCAGAUGUGGAUGUGUUCCUGAAUGAGGAGUGGCCAGCUCUGGGAGACUCUGAAGCUCUGGAGAAGCAGUUAGAGCAGUGCACGGCUCUGGUGAACGACAUCCACACCAUCCAGCCCAGUGUGAACGGCAUCAAUGAAGUGGGUCUGUACCUGAAGAAAGAAGCCGAGCCGCCGUUUGCCGUCUACAUCCAGAAAGAAUUGGACGACCUCAACGCACAGUGGGAGAACGUCUGCAAACAGGCCUACGCUAAGAAGUCGGCUCUGAAAGGCGGCCUGGAUAAGACCAUGGCUCUGAGGAAGGAGAUGCAGGAGAUGCAGGAGUGGAUCAACCAGGCUGAGGAGGACUACCUGGAGAGGGACUUCACAUACAAGACGCCUGAAGAGCUGCGCAAGGCUGUGGAGGAGCUCAAGAGGGCGCAGGAAGAGGUCCACUCAAAAGAGCUGAAGGUCAAACUCCUGACUGACAGUGUCAACAGUUUCAUCGCCAAGGCUCCACCGACCGCCCAUGAUGCCCUGCGGUCGGAGCUGGAUGUCUUGACGGCAAACUACCAGCGACUGUGCAGCCGGCUCGAUGGGAAAUGUAAAACUCUGGAGGAGGUGUGGGCGUGCUGGUGUGAGCUGCUCUCCUACCUGGAGCAAGAAAACGCCUUCCUUGACCAGCUGGAGCAGAAACUGGACGAGACAGAGAACAUGCAGGGAGGAGCGGGGGAGCUGCAGGAGGCGCUGGAUGGUCUUGAGGUUCUUUUGCGGCACCCAGAGGACAACAGGAACCAGAUCCGCGAGCUGGCGCAGACGCUGAUGGACGGAGGCGUUCUGGAUGAGCUGAUUCAGCAGAAACUGGAUGCCUUCAACACAAGAUGGGAUGAACUGUUUGCCAGGGCGGCACUCAGGCGGAAGGAGCUGGAGAAGAGCGUCCAGUGGGCCCAGGAGAAUGACAAGACUCUGAGGCAGAUGCAAGACUCACUCGCCAACACCGACCGACACCUCACUGCGUACCUGGCUGACCACAUCGACGCCCUGCAGAUCCCACAGGAGGCUCAGAAAAUACAGUCAGAGCUGAGCAGCCAUGAUGCAACACUGGAGGAUUUAAGAAAGAAGAACCAAGACAAAGAUCCGUCCAAUAGGAUCUUGGGACAGAUAGACGUCACCCAGAAAUUGCUGACAGACGUGUGGGCAAAGUUCCGCCUCUUCCAGAAGCCUGCAAACUUUGACGCUCGGCUGGCCGAGUGUGAGCGCGUGCUGGCUGGGGUCAAAAACCAGGUGGUGCUGCUGGAGAUCGGCAGCGUGGAGCAGGAUGUGGUGCAGUCGCAGCUGGAGCAGUGCAUGAAGUUGUACAAGGUGCUGAGUGAGGUGAAAGGCGAGGUGGAGACGGUGAUAAAAACAGGCAGACAGAUCGUACAGAAGCAGCAGACUGAGCUGCCCAAAGAGAUGGACGACAGAGUGACCGCCCUCAAACUGCUUUACAACCAGCUGGGAUCACAGGUAACAGAGAGUAAACUGGAGCUGGAGAAAAGUCUGAAGUUGUCGAGGAAGCUGCGUAAGGAGCUGAAUGGACUGACAGAGUGGCUCGCCGCCACUGAUGCUGAGCUGACCAGACGCUCGGCUGUGGAUGGUAUGCCGAGCGACCUUGAGGCUGAGGUCGCAUGGGCACAGUCCAUACAUGCAGAGACUGAGAAGCGUCAGCCGCAGCUGCAGGCCGUGGUGGACCUCGCUGAGGCCCUCAAAGCCGUGCUCCGGGGCAACGGGGGCCUGGUGGACGACAAAGUCAGCCUGCUGCGCUGCAACUGGAUCGCAGUCACAUCAAGGGCGGAGGAAUGGCUCAACCUGCUGCUGGACUACCAGCGGCAGAUGCAGAAGUUGGAUGGAGAGAUAGAGGAAGUGAACGGAUGGAUUGACGGAGCAGAGAAAAAGAUGGACAAGAUAGACAGCCAGGGACCCAACGAGGCUGUGCUUAAGGUGCUGCGUGCAGAGCUGGAGCUGACGAGGGGUAAGAUGGAGGAGGUGAGGGCUCUGGCUCAGGAGCUCAUGUCCACCAGAGGGGAGAACUGCCAGGCUCAGGUGGGACCCAAAGUGGAGCAGCUCAACCAGAGAUUUGACACCAUCGCUCAACGCAUCACCUCCGGACUGACGGCAGCGUCAGCCAAAGAGCUGGAGCAGUACCACAGCGAAGCACAGAUCUGGCUGGAGCUCCUGGAGGAGGAAGUGAAACAGGGGGAAAACCUGAAAGAGGAGGACUUCCAGGAGGAUAAGGACUGUGAGGAAGGUGCAGUGAAGGAGUUACUUUUGAAAGGAGAGAAUCUACAGAAGAGAGCCCCGGAUCAGAACAAACGAGAGCAGAUCAAACUGAAACACAACCAGCUCAACAGCAAGUACAACACCGUCAAGGACCUGCGUGUGCUGAGAAACAGGAAGGCUUUGGCCAUCGCUCCCCAGUGGUACCAGUACAGGAGGAAGUCACAUGACCUGCUGGCCUGGCUGGACGACAUCCAACGCAGUGUGGACCAACUGCCAGACCCGCCCGAGGGAGAGAGGGUCAAGGAAAUUGGCUCAGAGUUCGACAAGAAGAAGGAGGAGCUUAAGGAGGUGCAGGGCUUAGCCAAUCAGCUCUCAGAGGCUGGAGCCGCCAAUCUAGUGGAGCCCCGCCAACUCCAUCUCAACAAGCGCUGGGUUGAGGUGGAGGGCAAGUUCUUACCCUUCAAAAGACAAAGUGAGUACCUAACAGAGCUGCAGGCGUUGCUGCGUUCGGUGUCAGAGACGGACUUCAAGCUGAACUCUCCUGAAUACUGGCCCGCAGCGUAUUAUAACCUGCCUCAGCAAGAGCACUGCCUGAAGGAGGUGAAGGGGAGCAUCGACCAGCUCAGAGGCCCAGUGGAGGGAGCGUUGGCGUGCAGAGAGGAGAUGGUGUCUGCCGCUCGGCCUCUGGAGGGUCAGAGGAUCCAGGAGACCGCCUCCCUCCUCAACACCAACUGGGACAAACUGAAUAAGCUCCACCAAGACCGACUGAAGCGUUGGCAGGAGUGCAACACCAAGUGGCAGAAGUUUGUUUCGGAUCAGAAGGAGCUGGAGGAGUGGCUGAAUGAUGCCGAGAGCACUUUGAAACUGGCCGAGAAUGAGCCAGCAGCACACAGACACCACCUCAGGGACGUGACAGAGGCCAUACCUCUGCAGGAAGUUGUGUUGGGCAGAGUGAACUCGGUGGGAGAGGAGAUCAGCCAGUUAAGCACACCAGACGACUCCUCGCGGCACAGAACGCAGCUCAAAUUUCUCAACACUCGCUGGGCCAAUGUCUGCCAGCAGCUCAAUGACCGCAAGAGGAGGUCUGCAGAGGCGCGUACAGCAGCAGCAGCUCUUCAGGAGGACAUGGGCUCCAUGCUGGGCUGGUUGGACAAAGCCGAGGGUGUCCUGGCCAUCCCCCUGCAGCCUGCAGAGCCCCAGCACAUCAAAGACACUCUGGGCAAAGUCCAGGCACGUGUGGAGCAGCUUCCUGCCAAGAAGGCAGCGAUGGAUGAUCUGAACUCGAGACAAAAACUGAUAACACUUCCUGCUGACAGACAAAAAGACUUCAGGAUCAUCAACACUCGCUGGGCUCAGGUGUCCAGGGAUCUGCCUGAGCGUCAGCUGGAGAUCGAGGGUCUGCUGAGGGAGCUGGAGAAGCUUCAGGGUCAGCUGGACAACCUGUCAGGCUGGGCAGCUAGCACCAGAGCCAAGCUAGAGAGUCCUGAGGAGCCACCUGCCAGGCUCAUUGAGGAAGUGCAGGUCAAGCAGCCAGAGGUGGAGUUUGUUUUGGAGCGAGCUGAUCACCUGUACAAGGACAAUCCUCCCAGCCAACCAGACAGGGUGAAAUAUGGAAAACUGAGGGAGGACUGGACUGUGAUCCUGGAGCUGCUGCGGCAGCAUAAGGAGAGGAUGGCUGCUCUGCUAGUCGCCAAAAAAGCCAAUGAAACUCUGACAGGAAGUUCCCAGCCUGAAUCUGCAGCUCUUGCUCAGUUCAACAAGUCCUGGGCCGAGCUCACUGAUUGGCUGACCAUGCUGGAUAACAUGGUGCAGAACAAGCGUGUGGUGGUGGCCGACCUGGACGACAUCAAUGAAAACAUCGGCAGUUUGAAGUCGUCUCUGCAGGAGCUAGACCUGCGGCGCCCCCUCUUGGAUAGACAGCUCACAGCGGCCCAGAACCUCAAGAACAAAACCAGCAAUCAGGACACCCGCAACGCGAUCACUGAGCGCAUUGACAGACUUCAGACUCAUUGGGAAGACUCUCAGACCAAACUCUCAGAUAGGACAAAGCAGCUCCUCAACAUGCUGCAGGACUCCACUGACUGGCUGGAUGCCAGGAAGGGAGUGGAUCAUCUCAUCAAGCAGGCCAAUGAGAGGCUGGAGUCCUGGCAGGAGAUCACAUACUCGGUCGAAACACUGAAGAAACAAAACGCUGAACUGAAGCUCUUUAUGAGGGAGCUGCAGCAGUGGCAAGGACAGGUAGACCAAACCAACGCCAUGGCAGACAAACUUCUUACACUGUAUGCCAAUGACGACACGCACAAGGUCACCCAGGUCAACGACAACAUGAUUGCUACCUGGACACACAUAAGCAAACGUGUUUCAGACAGGGAGGGAGCUCUGGAGGGGGCCAAGAAGCUACUUCAGCACUUCUACCUCGACCUGGAGAAGUUCCUCAGCUGGCUGACGGAGGCUGAGACCACCUGCAAUGUUUUGAUCGACGCCACCAACAAGGAGAGACUGCAGGAGCAGCCGGGCGCGAGGAACCUGCUCGCACAAUGGAAGGACCUCCAGGCAGAGAUUGACAGCCACACAGAGCUGUAUCACUCUCUGGAUGAGAAUGGUCAGAGGAUUGUGAACUCACUCGGGGACUCGGAGGAUGCCGCUCUGCUCCAGAGACGCCUGGAUAACAUGGGCCAGCGCUGGAACGACCUGCGCAACAAGACCAUGAGUAUGAGGGCCCAUCUGGACUCAGAGAUGGCCCCUUGGAAGAGGCUCCACAUGUCGCUUCAAGAGUUGCUGAACUGGCUUAGAAUCAAACGUCAACAGCUGGAGCAGGAGCCACCUGUAGGGGGCGAUGUCCCUGCAGUGCAGACACAGCUGGACACACACAGGGUAGGAGGAAAGGACAUGAGAGCCAAAGAGCCGGUUGUGACCAAGGCUCUGGAUGAUGUGGGAGUCUUCCUGUCUGAGCUUCCCCGAGAAACGCCCUCACCUGAGCAGAGAGACAUCAGCCCCGAGGAGCGCGCCCAGAACGUGGGGCGAGUCCUCCGCAAAGAAGCAGACGACGUGAUAACCAAGUGGGACAACCUCAACGCUGACUCGGCUGCCUGGCAGAAAAGGCUGGAGCUGGCUCUGGAUCGGCUGAUAGAGCUCCAGGAGGCUGAGGACCUGCUGGAUGGGCAGCUGAGGCAGGCCGAGAUGGUGAAGGACGCGUGGGAACCUGUUGGUGACCUGCUAAUAGAUUCACUGCCAGAGCACAUCGAAAGAGUCAAGGAGUUCCAGGACGAGAUCGCUCCAAUUAAGGAUGAUGUAACGCACAUGAACCAGUUGGCGUCCACUUUUGGCCCACCGGACAUUCAGCUGACACCUAGCAACCUGGAACGCAUCGAAGAUCUCAACACGCGCUGGAGGCUGCUGCAGGUUACCGUGGCUACGGGGAAAAGCAACUCAGGCAGAAAUGGAUUGGGUGAGGUGCAUUCGAAGAUCUCCCUCACAGAGCAUCUGAAGCAGCUGACAGAUGCUCACAGAGACUUUGGCCUUCUGCACGGAUCUGUAGAGAGCCCCUUCGAGCAGGGCAUCUCCCCGAACAAUGUGCCCUACUACAUCAAUGAGAAAGCUGGACCUGACCAGAUGACCGAGAUCCUCCACCAGACCCAGACAACAUGUUGGGAUCAUCCCAAGAUGGCCGAGCUGUACCAGUCUCUGGCCGACCUGAACAAUGUUCGAUUCUCGGCGUACCGAACAGCCAUGAAGCUCAGACGUCUGCAGAAGGCUCUCUGCUUGGACCUGCUGAGCAUGCCGAUGGCGUGCGAGGUGUUCGAGCAGCACGGCCUGAAGCAGAACGAGCAGCUGCUGGACAUCUCCCAGCUGGUCACCUGUCUGACCAGCAUGUAUCAGCGGCUGGAGCAGAGCCACUCGCACCUGGUCAACGUCCCGCUGUGUGUGGACAUGUGCCUCAACUGGCUGCUCAACGUCUACGACACUGGUCGCACCGGGAAGAUCCGAACUCUGUCAUUCAAGACUGGAAUCAUCUCACUCUGCAAGGCUCACCUAGAGGAUAAAUACAGAUUUUUGUUCAGACAGGUUGCCAGCGCGACAGGUUUCUGUGACCAACGCCGCCUUGGCCUGCUCCUCCACGACUCCAUCCAGAUCCCCCGGCAGCUCGGCGAGGUCGCCUCCUUCGGCGGCUCCAACAUCGAGCCCUCUGUCCGCAGCUGCUUCCAGUUU